GCAGGUACCGGGGCCUCCAGGCCAACGCGUCCGGUUUCCGGCGGGUCCGCCGCGACUCAUAUCCGGUGUCCUAUGACCCUUGGCCCGCCCCUGAUCCUCCCCCUCCCGCCGGCUCUAAGAUGGCGCUGAUGUUUGCGGCGCUCCUGGCGGUGGCGGCGGCGGUGACGCUGCUCCUGGUGCUGUUCGGCCGCUGGUUACUGUCUCGGAUUGUCACCUAUUUCAUCCACAAUCAGCUAAAUGUGGAUUUAAAAAUUGGCUCCAUUGGGUUUCUCACAAUUUACAAUGUCAGUAUCAAGAUCUCAUCACAGAAGACACUGGAAGUAGACAGAGUCUGGCUCUCCUGUAAGCUGCUGAACAAUGAGUUACCUCACUACUUUGCCCUGUGUUUUGGAGAGGUCCGAUUUCGAGCCGAUUUGAAAGCAGCCUCCCAGGAACGGGCCAAUCCCGGUGAAAAGGCGAUGAAAAGGAGACUGAGCAUCCAGCCUUCAGUGCUGCGCAUGUUGUCACAGCUGCUCUCGGUCCACAUCUACUCAGUGAAUGUGAUGGCUUUAAAUGCCUGGAUCACAGAGUCCCUCUGGCACGUGUCUCUAACAAACUGCACCUUGCUGCUCAGCUACAGUGGAAACAUAAUCAAAUGUAAGGGCAAUGUGAGUAAGCUGGACAGCAAGCUAAUGAAGAGCAAUGGAAUGGGGGAUUUCUGUUUGGUCAACUCAUCCCUGAGUCUCGCUGCCACGUUGGACAUCAGCUUGCCAGACCUGAAAGCCCUCAGCAUGGAGCUGCAAGUGCGUAGUUUGCAGAGUGAGCUGCACGAAGGCAUCUUCACUUCAAACACCCUGCAACUGGCACUAUCGCAGUCCACUGCGCCGCAAGGCAGCGCUGAACUGAAGCAGGAAAACCCUGAAACAACCAAGGCAGAUGAUGGUGAAGCAACUGGUGUCAAAGCUACUAGAUCCACAUUCAUGGACUACUUACCACAAGACAUAUCCCUCGAGAUGGAGGACUCGAGCAUUACGCUUUCUUUGAAUAGUCAACAGAGACACCUGCAUUGGAACUUGAAGAUGUUUCAUUUCCACUAUGAGCCUGAAGACUUUUAUCGGAUAAUGCCCCAUCUUAUCCUGCCACCCAUGAGAAUCCAGCUAAGCCUAGAAAAUGGACUGCUGUUGUCUCAGAGUCGCCAGCGGAUACUGAGCCUGAGCCAGCUCAGCAGCUCCUUGCAGAUCACAGGCAUCGAUAUUUCUGCUUCCAUCACUAUCCAUACCUGCGCUGUUCACUACCGGCACUCUGAGUGUUCGCACUGGUUGGCCCUUUCAGAAAAAUCUACAGAUGCUCAAUUUACAGCUAAAAGGCAAUUUCCUUUACUGAGAAUCCCCAUCAGCGUCACUUAUUCAUUGUCGAAUGUCAGCAGCUCUGUCCAGUUUCCCGAUGUACCUGCGUUUGCACUGGGCUUCGACUCUGUCUUUGCAGACACCCAACACCUGAAGACCCACAGUUCUCACUGGCGUGGGAACCUGGCAGUGAAGAAUCUUUGGUGGAGGGCGGGUGAGGGGUCACAGAUUCCGAGAGCCCCCUCUCCAGCCAAUACGCAUGUGUGGGGAGAUGUUCUUGUUUUGGAGUCAUUAACACUGCAGGGGAGCUACAGUCAGGCACAGUCUUUUAUUGGGGAUUUUGCCAACUCUGUAAACCUAGAUGGCACAAUGAGUGAGCUGCAGGUGGAGAUCUCAGACACAGCAGUGGAGUGCUUAUCCAAAGUAUUGUCACUGAUUCAUGAAGGAAGGAAGAAGCAUUGGGGAGAGAGGUUGGAGAUUGACAGCACACCUGUAAAUCUGGAUUCAGGUUCUCCUGGUGGAUCGGACAUCUAUCUCUUUAAGAUCAAUGUUAAGUUGGAAGAUAUCGCUCUCUUCUUUCUCUCCAGCACCACAGGUGCCAGCAUUUUACGAGUCAAAACCUUCUCCAUUGAUAAAAGCACAGAUAACUUAAUCUGUGAGGUGGAGAGGCUGUCACUCAUAGUGGUGAAGACUGUAAAAGAGAGUAUGGAGCUCCGGCCCAGCAACUCAGCAAGUUCCGACCCCUUCCUCCUUAUGUCCCAUUUCUCCAUGGCUUUCUUCAUGCAUGGUUGGUCGUUCGAGCUGAGUUCCUUUGAGGACAUCAAAGUGCAUUGGGAUCCAGUCAGCCACAUGUACCUGUACCACCACAGCCAGGAGGCACAGCAUCUACUAGAAAGCCUUCUCAAGGUCAUGCUGCUGUUAGACGUGGGUGAGCAGACACUGGGAGGAGAGGGGAGGAGAUCCCUAGACCUGGACCUGGAGCUAAAAAGUCUCAUAGUCAGAGCACACGUGACAGCGAGAAAGUUUGUUCAGCUGCAGUUGGAGAACUUAGUCUGUUCAGCCAAUGCUGUUGAGAGACUGAUCCAGUCAUCGCAGCUUAUCCUGAGCUUUGAUGGGCAUGACAUCUUCUUGUUCAAAGGACUGGAUGGGCGGUUAGAAAGGGACCGGGUUGAACCAGUGUCCCUCCGUGCCCGACGGGAGUCUGCACGCGCUCCCAAGAACGACCUGUGGAUCAUCAAGUUCCAAAGCAUCACUGUGGAGUUCCCAUUCCGUUACGAUUUUUCCCAAACCUUUGACAAAUGCAUUAAUGUGCAGAAGUGGCUGAAGGCGCUCCAUGGGUGGGUGGGGUCAGAAGAGGAUCAAAGAACAGAGGGGUCACUGCCCCCUGACCUGGUACUGCAGGUCAGCCAUUUCUCUUUUGUCUUCUUGGACAAUGUUUUUGAGGUGAAGCUGCGUGAUGACUAUGAGCUGAUGAAGGAUGAGAGCAAAGAGAGUGCGAAGCGGCUACAGCUGCUGGAUGCCCGGGUGACGGCACUCAGAAAGCAACAUGGAGAGCUUCUACCUGCCCGCAAAAUCGAGGAGCUGUAUGCCGCCCUGGAGCAGACCAACAUCAACAUGUAUGUUCAGCGGUCACAAAGACUCUAUGCCAACACACCCAUGCGCAAGGCUCUGCUAACCUGGGCGGUGACAAACCUGGAGAUCACAGCCUCGGUUGACCCUGCUGUGCAAGACGUUGAGUCAGUGAUGAAGGAGAUGGUGAAGAUCGACCCGUUCAGCCAUUUGCCUGAGAAAGGCCUCCAGACGACCAUCCUGUGGUUCCGGAGAGUGCAGUUUACAGCCGACGCAUUUCUCGUUCGAAUCCGGGACUACCCUCGCUACAUGUUUGAGAUUCGGGACUGGAAACUAUCCGGGAAACUGAUUGUAGCGGAGGAAGAUGGCAGGCCAAAAGCACGGAGGAAGGUGCACAUAGCACUUGGAGAGCCCUGGGGAGAUGCCAUCGUUGAAAGGAACAUGCCACCCUUGAAAUGGUACCAUGACUUUGAAUCCCAGAUUUCUCUCUUCACCAUUGUGUGGGGCCCCUGCUGGGACCCGGCCUGGACUCUGAUUGGACAAGCUGUUGACCUCCUCACCAAACCUUCGGCUGAUCCGAGCCCACCCCUCAACUGGUGGGAUAAAAGCCGCCUCUUGUUUCACGGGUCCUGGAGCAUGGACAUUGAACAAGCCAAUUUACACCAGCUUGCCACAGAGGAUCCAUACAACACAACGGAAAACAUGCACUGGGAAUGGAACAAGUUACAGUUCAACUGGAGGAGUUGUCAGUUUGUUUUUAAAGGUGACCUUGAUGUCAACGUCCGAACUGCAUCCAAAUAUGAUGAUUGCUGCUUUCUCCACCUGCCCGAUCUAUGCAUCACCAUCGGCCUCCAGUGGAUCAGCCAGGGGAAUCCCCAUGACCACCAUAGUGUCACUGUGUGUUCGUCAGACAAGGUGGAAAUCCUUCCAGAUGCAGAGAAGCAUGAUUCCUAUAAACUCUUUCGAUCCGAGAGUCUCAAUUUGUCAAUAACCAUGGACCUGAAUCGCUCUGGCCGAGACACCACAGAGCCCCGAAUCCUGUUGUAUAGCAGCACUCUACGCUGGAUGCAAAACUUCUGGGCAACUUGGACAAAUGUCUCCAGACCAAUUUGUCGUGGGAAACUCUUUCAAAACCUGAAACCGAGUAAGAAGAAGCUGAGCCAACAUUACAAGCAGGUGUCCUUCAACCCGGUAUUCCCUCAAAUACAGGUACAUUACUGGGCAUCAUUUGCACAACAACGUGGGAUUGAGGUGCAGUGCACCCAAGGGCAUGUGUUUACCCGAGGAACCCAGAGAUUCAUUUUGCAGGGGGACACAGUGCUGCGACGUCCAGUUUCAGAGUGGAAUAUCACUGAUAUGCGCAGUGAUCUGAGUUUGGUGACGGUCUACCUAAUGACAUCAGCAUUAGAGGAGAGUGCGGAGCAGAGGUUGAACUCCCAGGCGACCAAAACCCACCUCCUCAGCCUGUCAUCACUCAGCUACCAGCGGCAGAGCAACAAAAUAGAGGAGGAAGUAUCAGUGAAGGAGGAGAGGAGUUACACCCACAAGCUGUGCCUUAUUGAUCUGAGAGCAUCAUGGACACCAACCAAUCGCAAUGUAGCAUUUGGCCUCUAUGACGGCUACAAGAAAGCUGCUGUACUGAAGCGCAACCUGUCAACCGAGGCACUGAAAGGGUUAAAGGUCGAUACUGACCUGCAGACCAAGAAACCGAAGCGUUCGCCACUGGUAACACCUGUCCUGAAACCUGAGGAUGAAAAGCCGGAGAGAAAAUCGCUGGAAGGUGCCUCGAUGUUGCAGAAACUGAUUGAGGAGACAGACAGGUUUGUUGUUUUCACGGAGGAAGAUUCCGGAGUGUGUGAUCAGUUGUACGGGAGCGCAGCAUGCCAGACAGACGACGUGAUCAACCGGAAUUGGUUGAUUGAGCUGGUGAACUCUCAGGUGAUGUUACGUGGUGCUGAGACGGUGGGCUGUGUUUUUGUUAGUGCCACCAAGGCCCAGCUGCUGCAGUGCCUGCACCACCCAGCCUGGUACAGCGACACCCUCAAGCAGAAGACCACCUGGACAUGUCUGCUGGAUGGCAUGCAGUAUUUCGCCACUAUGGAGACCAACCCUGCAGAGAAGGAGGAGUGUCAGCUAUGGUUAGAGGUCAAGAACAUCGAGGAACAUCGAUCACGGAACCUAGACUCAGUGGCAGAGCUGAUGGAGAGUGGGCAGGCUGUGGGGGGAAUGGUCAGCACCACCACAGACUGGAAUCUGCCAGCCCAGUGCCAUCAGACACAGCAGGUUCAGCGGAUUAUCUCUCGCUGCAGUUGUCGAAUGUAUUAUGUCAGUUACAGCCAUGACAUCGAGCCUGAGCUGGCAACGCAGAUUAAACCACCCGAGAUUCAGGAGAACCAGAAAGAGGAUCUGCUGAAGAAACAAAAUGGUGCUGUGGACACCUUCACCCUGAUCCAUCAUGACCUUGAGAUAUCCACCAAUCCAGUCCAGUACGCCAUGAUCCUGGACAUUGUCAACAACUUACUGCUGCUCGUUGAACCAAAACGGAAAGAGCACAGUGAACGGAAGCAGCGAGUCCGGUUCCAGCUGGAGAUCUCCAGCAAUCCUGAAGAGCAGAGGAAUAGUAUCCUGCACCUUCAGGAUGCAGUGAGGGAGCACGUGACACGGAUCCGUCAACUCGAGAAACAAAUCUACCUGAUUAUGAAGUCCUUACAGGAUGACCUCAGGAGCUCCGCGCUUUUGAAACAGAGUCACGAUCUGCAGGUCCGGCUCAACCAGGAGAAGGCAGAUCUUCAGGCCAAGAGUGAGGAGCUCAACAUCCUCAUCAGGUGUUUUAAGGACUUCCAGCUCCAGCGGGCAAACAAACUGGAGCUCCGUAAGCAACAGGAGGAUGUCAGUGUAGUGAGGCGGACUGAGAUUUACUUUGCCCAGGCGCGCUGGAGACUGACGGAGGAGGAUGGGCAGCUGGGCAUCGCUGAGCUGGAACUGCAGCGGUUCCUAUACAGCAAGGUGAAUAAAUCAGAUGACACGGCUGAGCAUCUGCUGGAACUGGGGGCUUUCACCAUGAACAACCUGCUGCCAAACUCCUUGUACAAGGUGGUGUUGCGUCCUCAGAACCCCCCGCAAUCAGCUCGACAAUUAGCCCUCCGAAUCUUCAGUAAGGUGCGACCUCCGGUGGGAGGCAUCUCUGUGAAAGAACACUUUGAGGUGAAUGUCGUCCCACUCACCAUUCAGCUAACGUACCAGUUUUUCAGGAGGAUGAUGGGUUUCUUCUUUCCUGGGCGAAAUGUUGAAGAGGAUGAAACAGGGGCUGAUGAAGAAGAUAAAUCCAAACUGGUGACAACAGGGAUCACAGUUAAUGUGAAGUCUCGCCAGCUGAUGGUACCUGAGGAGCCUGCUACCCUGGCAACUGGGAAAGGAGUCUCUGCUGGUUUAAACAGGGGUUCUGGAGUGAGGAGAUCUUUCAGGAAGCUUCCAGAGCAUCCAGUGGAUGACAUUGAUAAGAUGAAGGAGAGAGCUGCGAUGAAUAAUUCCUUCAUCUACGUGAAGAUUCCACAGGUCCCCCUCUGUGUCAGCUACAAGGGUGAAAAGAACAUUGAGGAUUGGAAGGAUUUCAACCUGGUUCUGCCCUGCCUGGAAUACCACAACAACACAUGGACCUGGCUGGACUUUGCUAUGGCUGUCAAGAGGGACAGUCGUAAGGCUCUGCUUGCUCAGGUAAUAAAGGAGAAACUCCGUUUGAAACCAACCUCAGGAUUGGAGGCAAGGGGAAGGAGCACAGAGUUUAAAGCAGAUGGUAGUAUCCAGCAACAAGAGAAGGAUGAGAAGGCACGUCUGCUGAUUGGGUCAAAGCUCAUUUCUGGCGAUAAAGCGUCAGGCAAGAAGUCACUGUUCGGGAAACGCAAGUGAGGCCAGAGAUUGGUGGAUUGAUUCUCUCACUGUUUGCCUCCUUAGAGAGGAUAUGGUGGGCUUCAAGAGGAAUAUAGUGCUGGACAUUACACAGCCAUUUGCUGUCCUCCACCAGACUCUCAUAACCCUAGGCACUUUCAGCUGCUGUAAAAUUGUGUAAAAAAGAAGUUAUUAAAAGCUUAAUAAACUGAUGUAAUUAAUAUUCACACUAAAGCUGCACUGUUUUGUAGUAACUGUAAAAUUUGUAAUUUACUGUUUGUCUUUCAGCUGUAAUCGUGAUAUUUUAAAAAUUGAGCAUCAAAUUAUUUUCCUUUCCACUUUACCAAAAAUGAAAGUUCUGGAAACUUUAGCCAAAUGACUAUGAAAACGCCAAUAAUAGCCCAGAGAGCAAUGAAUCAGUUAACACAAUUGACUGGUCUCUAUCUCCAUUGGGUCCUGUUUACGGGAUAGUCCCUGAUUUAUUUUGGUGCUUUCUGCUGAGGCCUGUUUAUGCAUGAUCACUGGGUGAUUCAGGUUUGUAUCAGUCCCUGUUUAUAGACAAAGUCUAUUACUAGGGAGGAGAGGCUGGGAGCCUUGUGAUGUUACCUGGAACACAACACAGCCCCUUUAAGUUCUCACUUCAGUUCUGAAGAGUGAUCAGAGGGAAUGAAUGAGCUCCAGAUAACAUCCUCAAUAAAAGCAUUAUUAUUUCGUUUUGAGAAUGUAGAAACCCAUAGGAACAAUACUAAGAAAGCAGCCAAUCAGAGAGGAAAAACUACAGAAUCCAUCUGUGCUAAUUCAGUGUUUUAUCAUUUAACCCUGUGGGAAAUUUGCAGAAUUGAGCUUUGAUACUGGGGUACAGCUUCCUUUUGGUAAUGUUUAGUGGUUGUGGGAAAUUUGCUUCACAUAACCCUCUUUACGGUUUUCUUUGCCCAGGUUUGCAGGGGAGUGGCUACUUAGAGGAGAGUUUGUGGGGUCUGCACACAAUACUCCAUUACCCCAUCCCACCUUUCAACUUGCUUUUGAGCAAGUGUUAAGCUCCCUAACCAGACCCUCAGCCUAAAGUGCAAACUCAUACAGCAAGCACUACCCCCAGCACUCUUUUUUAAGGUUUCAGCUCCGAGCACAAUUAAGCGAGCCAUGUACUCAGGACGGGUCAGUGGAAUCCUCACAUUGUUAUAAUCAAUGCGUUGCUUUUUUAAAAAAAUUAGAUUGUUUUUUAAGCAGUUGCUGCUCUCAGUCACUGGUUCCACUUGUAACAAGUUCAUGAACGUAAAAAUGCAAAAAGCUCAGAAUAAAGUUAUUUUGUAACAA